GUUGUUUUCUGUCCAUACUGUGUGCGAGAGGUGAUGUAGCCUACCUUGCCGUGGUCACUGACGGACGGGUUCACGCCAGUUCACCGGGUUCAGCUGAGGAGAGAACCCACCUCCUCCACUCAAAGCGCAACGAACGGAGCUAAUCUUUAUUAAUUUCUAUAUUAAUGUCGGAUUCAAUUUACCCCGGACCAACUAUCAAGUCCAAGCCCUUCAGUCAAACAGACAUUACUGAACGCAGAGAGCACACCAGACACAGAAGACAUCCAGACAUGCAGGAAAUGGAACAAUGGCAAGUCGACGAAAUCCUGGUUGGAGGAUUCCAGAUUUCCUUCUUAUUCCCUCCCGAUUCCGGAAGUCCUUCAACCAUGAUUUUGGUUUCCAGUGAGCUGCUAAAAACACCCCGAUCUGUGGGCGGAGUUCCAAUAGUUUCGAACAAACACCAAGCAACACUGUGAUGUCAUCGCGGCUGGCCCAUGACACUUAAACUCUAUCAGCCCUCUCCACAAACCACCCACCCUCUGUUACCAUACCGGACAACCAGUCAUUCAACCAUCAUCUUCGCUCAGCUACAAUACAAUGGCCAGCAAGAGGAAGUCAACAGUGCCCUGCAUGAUCCCAUCCAAAAGCAAACACAUGCGAGAGGAGAUCAUACUUGGCUGCCUCCCUGAGCUCUUACCCACAAUUCCAGAGGACAGCAUCCUCAGCAUAUCUGGAGAAGAUGGAUGCCAUUUCUCCCACGAUUUCACCAGACCUGAAGUGGGUGACAGAUGGCAGAAAGCCGACGUAUACAGCUGUCAACCUUGCCGCUUUGAGUCCAAGGAUCUGAACUACUUUUUGGACCACCUGCACAACUGCCACAUGGACUUUAGGGCACAGCCGAGCUUCUACUGCCUGAAUUGUGGUGUGUCAGUGGUCAGGUUUGAGGCCCUUGCCCUGCACAAUGCUAAAGCCCACCCCGGGGUGUCAGGGGGCUCUGUCACUGCGUCCCUGCACGUCAGGAGGAGAGACGGAACGACCACUGUGGAGCAGAGCCUGUUCACCACAAAUGGGGAGGACUUCAGUGAUCCUGCAAUAUCCCUCACUAAAACACCCAUAGUGAGGAUGAUGAAGGCCAAGGGGGAGCACAAGAAGAUUGUUGUCUCCCACACGGUUGAGGUGCGUCAGAUAGCCCCGGGGAAGGCUACGGAGCGGACCGACCCUGCAGCAUCGACGAAUGUGCCUGAGAUACACAAUGGGUCUCUCAGUGGGACUGGUGGCCCAGCUACAUUGAGAAACCCUGUCACUCAUGUGAUGACGACAUCAACAGUGCCCAACCAAGCCAUUCACCAGCACAGCCCUCCCCUCUACUCCUCCUCAUCCACCAAUUCCAGCAAAAACCUCCCAAAGGUGAUGAUUCCCCUGAGCAGCAUCCCCACCUAUGAUGCUGCCAUGGACACCAGCAGCUUCCUCAAGACCUCCUUUGGCAAGUUCCCGUACCCGACCAAAGCUGAGCUCUGCUACCUGACCGUGGUCUCUGAUUGGCCAGAGGAGCAGAUCAAACUGUGGUUCACUGCCCAGAGACUGAAACAGGGGAUCAGCUGGUCCCCUGAGGAGAUAGAAGAGGCCAGGAGGAAGAUGUUCAACACCGUCUUUCAGGGAGCAGUCCCCCCAAAACAGCCCCCAAAACAACGGCACACCAAUCACGUCGUGACCCACCACACUGUCCACGGCCAGCCUGCUCCAGCUGGCGCCAGCAGCCAGACGGCCAGGUUGCCCCACGGCACUGUAGUCAGCAGACACACUGGAGUCAUAGCCACUUCAACCAGCAUGUCAACCGCCGGUCACCCAGUCACCACUAGGGUCUCUUAUGCUGCCGCGGCCAUGACCCCUCCGAAAUAUCAGACGAUAGUCAGCAGAACAGCCCAGGUAGUGGCCAGGAACACUAUCCCCACUACGGCGACCAGCGUGGAGUCUGACAAGGGCACCACUCUCAGGUUGGGCUUGGCGGGAAACAGCAGUUGCGUCGUUAGCACUAGCAGCAGAAGCAGCAGUAGCAGUAGCAGUUGCAGUAGCAGCAGCAUUAGCAGUUACUCGUCCAUUAGUAGUAACGGCAGGGACAGCGGCUCUGGCAAACCCAUCAGCAACAUCAGUUCCAGCGACAGCAUGCUCUGUUGCCCCUCCAACAGUGGCAAUAAUGACGAUUGUAGCACUGACAGCCAUGACAAACCGAACAGUCAAAGCAGCCUAAAUACGACCAUGCCGUCUCUCUCGGAAGGCUUCAGCAGUGUCGGCAGCAACAAAAGGAAGGUAAUCAUGAGUAACACCAGCACAUCAAACGUUACUGCCCUUAACAGUCGGAGCAACGGCAAGACGGAUAACCAGGACGAGUACCCUUGUAGAAAAAGCGGUAAUGACCGUAACAACAACAAUAUCCACAAGUCCAACAAUGGCAGUAUUAGCAGCGGCUACUCUAGCGCUAGCAAUAACCAUAGCGACAACAACAACCUGACCCAUGCCAGCAAAUCCCAAAAGGAGAACACAAGCACCAGUGUCAUUACCAAAAGCAGCUGUAGCAGCAGUAUCAGCACCGCCAUCAAAGAGGACGGCAAAUGCACUAAGGAGUUUCCUGUGAAAUCGAUGUCAGUCCUACGGCAGCUUAUCAAGGAAGGAGACAAUUUUGGGGACGACCUGACCUGCCCUGAGCUAAAAGUGGACCCCAUCAAGAUUAACCUGCGGAGGCUCAUGGUGAGCGAUCCAAAAACCAAUUCUGGUUCAGAUGCCUUCCAUCCAGAGCUCCCCUCUGAUAUACACAUCUCAGACCCAUCCCACCCACCCUUCUCGGCCACCUGUGGAAAGAAAAGCUCCCAACAGGUGUACCUUCUGAGGCAGGCCUUCACCAGCACACAUUGGCCCAGCAGUCAGCAGUAUGAGGAAUUAAGUGUCAUAACUGGCCUGCCCAAGCCAGAGGUGGUCCGUUGGUUCAGCGACAGUCGCUACUUUCACAAGAACGGCCAGCUGAAAUGGCUGGAGGGCUACCACUGCCUACCAGCAGAGGGAGAGGAAGGAAAAGACCUUGACACGGAGGCGCUAAUCCUCCCCAAAGACGUUCACAGAGACCCUGACACAGAUGUGCUGAUCCACCCCCAAGAGAUUCACAGAGACCCUGACACAGACGUGCUGAUCCACCCCCAAGAGAUUCACAGAGACCCUGACACAGAUGUGCUGAUCCACCCCCAAGAGAUUCACAGAGACCCUGACACAGACGCGCUGAUCCACCCCCAAGAGAUUCACAGAGACCCUGACACAGAUGUGCUGAUCCACCCCCAAGAGAUUCACAGAGACCCUGACACAGACGCGCUGAUUCACCCCCAAGAGAUUCACAGAGACUCUGACACAGAUGUGCUGAUCCACCCCCAAGAGAUUCACAGAGACCCUGACACAGACGCGCUGAUCCACCCACAAGAGAUUCACAGAGACCCUGACACAGACGCGCUGAUUCACCCCCAGGAGGUUCAUAGGAAACUGGUGGAGCAGAAAAUAAACAGAGAGCUUAAAAAUGGACCUGACAGGCUGAGUUUAGGAAAGCAGGGAUUCUGGUGGACCUCAGACACACAGAGAAUGUUGGUGAGUGCAAAAGGACCAGAAGAGGCUGGAGAGACACAGGAAGCUGUGGGGACAGAGAACACUGAAGGAGUACGGGGUCCCAGGGCUGACAGGGAGAAGGACCAGCAGCCAGUCAGCAGCCAGGCCUUUGGGGACCAGCAGGCAGAGGUUCGAGAUCACGUGAGGAUAGAGCUUCUUGAAGUGUGACAGUGCCCCAAACCAACCGGGGGAAAGGACUGGCUGUCUGGCCUGCUUUACAGAUGGCCAUGGUCUGGUGUGUUCAUUAUGACAGCCGAAGUGAUUGUAGCUGGACCGUUGGACUGUAACUGUGAAUAACCCCCCUCUUCCCGCCUCCUCUUACACAUCACCUCCUGCCAUCCUCUGAAGAAGGAACUUGUCACCUUUGAGUCCUGUGAUGUUCAAGCCUUUCAUCAUGCUUCUUUGUGGUCGUAUGGGAAAUGGGCGGUAAGCUGGAUACGAUGGAAGCCCUGUUUAUGCCUGGCGCUAACAGGUGUCCUGAUCUUGUCCACAUUCAGAUUGUGCCUGCACACGGUGUGAACAUGUCCUGUAUCCGUCCACUGUGUCUGCAUUGUGACCAGAUGUCCUGUAUGCAAGGUGUUUUGCCAGAAUUCUUUAUUCUCGUAAGUCAGCAGGGUUAGGGAGAAGGACAUUGAGUUGUCUGUUAAAUCCCUGGCAACCGUCUGGAGUAUUCAUACAAUUUACAUAACAGAUGCCAACAUUUUAUUCAUGAGAGAACUCCCUCAACAACAACAAAAGUCACACAAAAAACUGUGGUUAGCUUGACAUUAACCUAUCCCACACCUCUCUGACUAUGUUGCCAUGUGAGUAUACCACAGAACCAGUUGUCCUGGCAAAAAAACUGCGGUUAGCUUGACAUUAACUUAUCCCCCACCUCUCUGACUAUGUUGCCAUGUGAGUAUACCACAGAACCAGUUGUCCUGGUUAGAGGCCCUGGCAGAGCUGUCAUAAGAAUGUUGGUUUUCUGCUGUGUGCCCAACUGGCUACAACAGUAGCAAGAGACAAUUACCUUUAAGUUCAAUUGCUUUGAUGGAAAAUUAGGAUUUGAAUACUUUCACUGUGUAUAUCUGUUUACACUUGUAAAGAUACCCAGACACAAUGCGUGUCUUGACUAUGUCACGGGGCUGAAUGGAAGAUCUGAUCACAUGGUUUCUUUUCAUUGUGCUCACAUUUAUUUUGAUAAGUGUAGACAAUCAGAGUGUGCAAAGAUCAGGACGUGGGCCGCAUGUUACAAUGAGGUGUAAACGGGGCUAAAGAAGACGUGCACUGACCGGGCAACUGACUUGAAUAAAGGAAGAUGUGAGAGGGAUACACAAACUGAUUAGGAGGAGGGAGAUGUUUAUGAAUGAAACUGCACUAUAGAAGGUUUUUUGUUGACCGGACAAAAUGAGAAGUGUCUAGGAGAUAUUGUUGGCUUUGUGAUAUUUUCUUUUUUAGCAGCCAGUUCUUCAGCACUGCCUUGAAUUUUACUUUUCUCCGUUAUUUGGUUUUUAAAUUUGACUUACUCUUUUUCUAUAGUCACUGUAAGUCCAGAAGCAAUUGAGCCUCUAGUUUUAUUUAGCUUUGUAUGAAUGUUGAUUAUCACUCAACAGUUCAGCUAUAUACACA